CUCUCUCCCAGCAUUUCGGGAGACAGCCCGUCCCGUCUAGCAGCCGCUGGCCUCAUCCAGCAGCCCCCACCCCGGACACCCCAGAUACCCCGCACCCGGGGACCUGCAGGCCCCGGCAUCAUCUACCCCAGCCCGGGGACCACCAUCCAGACCCCUCCAGGAUGCUGAUUGCUGCCUCCCACCCUACAGUUUCUGCCUGGCUCCUCCCGGCUGGAGGUGUCUGUGCUCCCCCCCAGCACAUCUGACACCCUCUCCCCACCCCUGCUGGGUGUCUGAUCUCCAUCACCCCUCUCUCCUCCUUCUCUCUCAUCACAUCCCUCUUCUAAUAAGGAUGCUCCAGUUAUAAGGACCAAGCAGCCCUUCUCAGGAUCACCCCCCCUCCCUUCCCCUACUGUAUCCCAAUCUGAUCACCCCCAACAAGGCACCAGGAUGGGGAAAGACCAGGAGCUUCUCCAGGCUGUCAAGACUGAGGACCUGGGGAUGGUCCACAAGCUGCUGCAGAGACCCAAAGCAGGCAAAGCCAAACUCCUCGGAUCUGCAAAAAGAGUAAAUGUCAACUUCCAAGACCCGGAUGGCUUCUCGGCCCUCCACCACGCGGCACUCAUCGGGAACACGGAGCUCAUUACUCUACUCCUGGAAGCCCAAGCUAACGUGGACAUCAAAGAUAACAAAGGGAUGAGACCUUUGCACUACGCAGCCUGGCAGGGCAAGAAGGAACCGAUGAAAAUGCUUCUGAAGUCCGGCUCGGCCGUGAACAUCCCGUCGGAUGAGGGGCAGAUUCCUCUGCACCAAGCGGCGCAGCACGGGCAUUACGACGUGUCCGAGAUGUUACUCCAGCACCAGUCCAACCCGUGCAUCAUGGACAUUUCGGGGAAGACCCCACUGGAUCUGGCCUGUGAGUUUGGAAGGGUUGGGGUUGUGCAGCUUUUGCUGAACAGUAACAUGUGUGCGGCUCUGCUGGAGCCCAAACCCGGUGACAGCACCGAUCCCAACGGCACAAGCCCCCUGCACCUGGCGGCCAAGAACGGCCACAUCGACAUCAUAAGGCUCCUGUUGCAGGCUGGCAUAGACAUCAACCGGCAGACAAAGUCCGGCACGGCGUUACAUGAGGCUGCUCUGUGUGGAAAGACGGAAGUUGUACGGCUCCUGUUGGAUAGUGGAAUUAAUGCCCAUAUCAGAAAUACUUAUAACCAGUCAGCGUUGGACAUCGUGAACCAAUUCACUGGCACCCAAGCCAGCAAAGAGAUCAAACAGAUGCUGAGAGAUGCUUCCGCAGCUCUUCAAGUCAGGGCUGUAAAGGAUUAUUGCAAUAAUUACGAUUUGACCAGUCUGAAUAUAAAGGCAGGAGACGUUAUUACGGUGCUGGAGCAGCAUGUCGAUGGGCGCUGGAAAGGAUGCAUCCACGACAACCGGACGGGCAACGACAGGGUGGGAUACUUCCCAUCCAACCUGGUGGAGGCCAUCAGCAAGAGAACAGGUUCUUGGGUUCUAUUUCACCAAGAGAACCCGAGGCCGCAGCACGUGGCCCGCAAGGUGCCGGUGGCUAACGGUGACUCGUAUUAUUCCUUCCACUGCCUGGUGCCGCCGUCCCACUCUCAUCCAAUGCUUUUCAGUUCGUUUGGUUAUCAUAAACCUUGCAGUAGCGCAGGGGAGCGGCACUAUGCACCAGGUUCCAGAGGAUCCGAGUCCAGCCCAUCUCAUAUGUCUCCAGGCCCAACUGCGAUGGCGCCAGCUGAGGAAAUAUGGGUGCUAAGGAAACCGUUUGCAGGUGGUGACCGCAGCAGCGUGGGCAGCACAGGAAGUGGCACCAGUGGGCGGAGCUCUGGGAGCGGCCAGAGUGCGGGCAGCGCCCACGCCAUCCACGCUGGCGCCGAGGGGGUCAAGCUGCUCGCCACUGUCCUUUCCCAGAAGGCAUUGGGGCAGGAGCCCGGAAAUGCCUGCGAAAGCCACGCAGGAACCCCUCGGCCUCAGAGCGUCGCAAGCUGCCCGUACAACGAGCAAUCGUAUGGCGACGCCACCAAGAAAACAGAGGCGCAGACAGAAGGGAAGAGCUCAGAAGCGGUGUUUCAAUGGCUGUGCAAAUUCCAGCUCCAGUUGUACGCUCCGAACUUCAUCAACACCGGCUACGACAUCCCGACCAUCAGCCGCAUGACCCCCGAGGACCUAACGGCCAUCGGGGUCACCAAGCCCGGACACCGGAAGAAAAUCUUCUCGGAAAUCAACAGUCUGAACAUCGGAGAAUGGCUUCCGGAGUAUAAGCCGGCAAAUCUCUCCCUGUGGCUUUCGAUGAUUGGACUCGGCCAGUAUUAUAAAGUACUGGUGGAAAACGGCUACGAGAACAUUGAUUUUAUUACGGACAUUACCUGGGAAGACCUGCAGGAGAUCGGGAUCAUAAAACUGGGUCACCAGAAGAAGUUGAUGUUGGCCGUUAAGAAACUUGCCGAGAUCCAAAAGUCAGAAUAUGGCAAGUAUGAAUCUGGUAGCAUGAGAAGGAGAGGACCUCAGAAGAGCAUCGAUGCAGUCUCCAUAGAAUCUCCUCCUCCCGAUGCAGACUGCCAGUCUCCCAAAAUGAAGACCUUUCAGGAGAGCGAGUUGAGUGACGAGUUGCAAGCGGCCAUAACAAGCGAGGGCCCUGAGGGUUCUGAGAAGCAGAUAAACCAUGUGACCCACCAGAGAGAAGGAUCCGGAUAUAGGGGGCCAUCCCGUCUUCACCAUGAGAGCAGCCUUAGUGGUCGAGCUAGACACAUGAGCAGCUCCCAGGAGCUCCUUGGGGAUGGAGGCAAAGGUCCAAGUGCAGUGAUGUCGAAGAGCCAGGAGUACUUAACAGAUGAGGUGAGGAGGGAAGAGGUGAGUCGAGAUUCCAGGCCUGGUAGACAAGGACAUUCCAUAAAGAAAGCAAGUAUUCCACCAGUGCCUGGAAAGCCAAGGCAGUCGUUCCCUCCUGCUGGGGCAAAGAGCUACACUCCACCUCAAACUCCUACCAAGGCAACUCCAUCAUCCCCACAAGCAACUGCUAAAGUGAAACCUACGCCCCAACUUCUUCCACCUUCGGACCGUCCCAUGUCCCCCCGCUCACUUCCUCAGUCCCCCACACACAGGGGUUUUGCUUAUGUUCUUCCACAACCCAUCGAAGCUGAGGGUGCACCCACACAUCUGGUUCAAGCAGUUCCAGUUCUGCCCGUGUCCGUGCCAGUGCUGUGCUUACCGCCUGCAGAGAGCGACGGAGAGGAUAAUGAUGAAGACGCAGGGGAAGGAGAACGCGGGGACCAUGUGCGGCCCAAGAAACGAGCACACAGCCUAAAUCGAUAUGCAGCCUCUGACGGGGAGAAAGAGGAGCUGCUGGUAAUAGAUGGGGGUCCCUAUGGCACCGGCCAGAGACGAGUGGGUAGAAGCCAUUCGGUGAGAGGACAGUCAGGAGUAGACAAAAAUGUGAACCGCAGCCAAUCCUUUGCGGUACGGCCCAGAAAAAAGGGGCCACCUCCACCACCACCUAAACGAUCCAGUUCAGCCAUUUCUGGGACCAACCUCGGUGAUGGAUUGUCUGGUGAUUACAUGGGAGAGGGAUAUCGGGAACAGCGGAGAGCCAGUGAUUUUGGGGGGGUGGUGGACACUGGUAGUGCCGGCAGCGUAAAGAGCAUAGCUGCCAUGCUGGAACUCUCAUCCAUUGGUGGUGGGCCAAGGGCACUAUCUGGACAGAGACCUAGGGGGUCAGAGGUUUAUUGCGCUCACCUCUUACCCCAUCCUGGCAGCCCCGAACUUCACCGGCUUCCAGGCAUCGUGGCUGGAGUUAAGCAUCGUGAAGCUAUCGGGCUGGAUGGAGAGGUGGUAAACCGCAGAAGGACCAUCAGCGGCCCGGUUACCGGGCUGGUACAUGCAGCUCGCCGGGAGCGCCAAGAGGUUUCAAAACCCCCAGACUCCCCUCGCAGUCCCUCCGAUGUUAUGCCCUUUGCAGAAGAACGCAAACAGACCGUAAAAUACCGCGCAAGGCCGCCCAGGACGGAACACCAAGACUCGCAGGUGGCAGAACCGAAACAAGCAGACCUUUCGUCAGUCGAGUCCAGCGUGACACUGAAACGUAGGAUAAAAACCAGACAAGGCCAGCACUCCGGAGAUGUCAAGUUCCUGCUAACAGAAUCUGACACAGUGAAGCGCAGACCCAAACCUCGAGACAAGGACGGCGCAAGCGGUGGGGUAGAACCGCUUUCCGUGUACCAGAAUGGAAUGGGUACGGUGAAGCGCCGUCCUGUGUCCGAAAUGGUGGCAGGAGGAGGCAGCACACGGCAGGAUAGCACAGAAAACAUAGCACAGACCCCCGAGCGCAGCAACAAACCCCCCGUCUCGCCCAAACCUGCCAUCCUGCCGCAGGCUGGGAAGGGUCAUGCGCCCUCUACGCCAACGAUCGCAAAGAAGCCUGGUCCUACAGGAGAAGUAAAGAAGGUGAUGGGGACUCCUCCUCCUGUCUCUCCCAAACCCACUCCUCCUCCAACAGCCCCGAAGCCCACCAAACCUCAUGCGCUCAUCCAGUCCUCCAGCGCAAGUUCAACCCCAGCACCCUCUCCCGUCAAACAGCCAAAUAAUGUCAAACCUUCCAGCACACCCCCGUCUCUGUGCUCCAGUCCUGCCAAGCCCCUGUCUCCGGGUCACCCGCUGCAGGUGCCAAUCAAACCCCCCAGACUGUCCAUCACUAGCUCUUCCAUAGAGGGGGGCAGCAGCGAGGCUGCACAGCAGAAGAUAGAGGAGACCAGUGCAUCGCUGGCGGCUGCACUACAGGCCGUGGAGGAGAAGAUAAAACAGGAGGAUGCGCAGAAAGAUACAUCCCUGGAAGAGAAGAGCACAGUCAGUAUUCUGGAUGACAUCGGCAGCAUGUUUGACGAGCUUGCGGACCAGCUGGACGCCAUGUUGGAGUGAAGCUACAAGGCCUUUGUGUGGUGGUAGCCUCACGGCGAGAUCACAUUGACUGCUUCUUGCCUUCUCUCCCCUUGCUGGGUCCUGUACAGACCAUUCUCCUCCUCCUCGGACCCUUCCGGUCUCUCCAGGAUCCUCCAUGUCCCUGAAAAACACUUUGAAACUCAGCACAAACGAGCAAUGCCUAAUACCUCAGGAUUGUGCCCAUACCCUUGGGGGCAGCUCGGGGGGGGAGGUCUGGACGAGAUGUUUGAACGCCAGCUGGAAGUUGGCGGAAGAUUCUGGUUUAUGCCGAGUCCCGCGUUAACCACACGACGGGGUUUCCGUGCGGUGUGUAGAGGACCGAGAUGGACUUUAACCGCUUACUUGGUGAACACGUUGAUGUGCAAAGCACUAUGGGAGAAAAUGAGGAUGUCCGCUAGCGAAAGAAAACCCAAACAUAUUUACGACUCCCAACGCGCCGAAAUCUUCCUGUUAUGUUUCAAUCUAUUCCGUCUCAUUGUGAGGUUGUAUCGGUGAAAGAAACAGAUUUCAUUG